UUAUAAUUUUUACUCUUACACAAUUAUAGAUAUUUAGCAUAUAAAACGUGUUUCGGGAUGCGUAAUUUCCUCCUUAUUGCAAUAUUAACCGAACGGAGGAAGUAUAUUUUAAAGUUCAACGUUAUUUUUUAUUUUUUGUUUUCUUUCCAUAGAUACUCUAAAAUGGUUGAUGUUAAGGGUCAAGCUUGGUUUGGGAUCCUAUAUAAAUAUGUUCCUCCGCAUAUGGAAUCUACACAAACCAACAAGUUGAAUCAUGGAAGAAAGUGGUAGACUCAGUUCAUGGUAAAGGUGCCAUCAUCUUUUGUCAAUUGUGGCACGUUGGUCAGGUUUUUAAUCAAGGCAAAUGGAGUCCAGAGGCCAAAGGUGGCGAACCUGAAACAUUAUUAGAGGUUAUAGAACGUUAUCGAUGAGCAACUCUCAAUGCCAUUCGUGCUGGUUUUGAUGGAGUAGAGAUACAUGCGGCUGACGGAUACCUAAUCGACCAAUUUAUGAAUUUUACAUUGAAUGAUCAAUUCGAAAAGCCGAAUAAAUCAUCACUUGAAGGCAUAACCAAGUUUCUAAUGCAAGUGAUUCAAGCCGUUGUUGGUACCAUAGGAGCUGACAAAGGAGGAGUUAGAAUCUCACCUUCCAUUGACCGAUUUGAAGCCACUGAUUUCAACUCACUAGAUUUGGGUCUAGCCGUUGUUGAAGGGCUUAACAAACUACAAUUCGACUUGGGAUCAAAGCUCGCUUACCUCCAUACAACUCGACCUAGGUUAGCCCUAGGAGUUGCUAAGGAAAAAGCCGAGGGUGAUGCUCAAAACUCGAAAAAAUUGAGGGAUGCUUAUGAAGGGACUUUUAUGAGUAGUGGUGGCUAUACUAAGGAUCAAGGAAUGAAAGCUGUGGCUCAAGGGGAGGCUGAUUUGGUUGCUUACGGACGGUCUUAUUUAGCUAAUCCUGAUUUAGUCCAAAGGUUUAAGAUUAAUGCACCUUUGAAUGACUAUGUUAGGGCUACAUUUUAUACUCAUGAUCCUGUUUUGGGUUAUACCGAUUAUCCUAUCAUGGGCAAGGAAGCAAUCAAGGGUUACUAAAUUUAGCAAUGUUUAUAAGAGUCAAAAUGUCAAAUCCAUUCAAUCUAUCGUUUGUUAAAAUUACUUGUAAAGCAAUGGAAGUGUGUGUAACUGUUUUCAAUAAAAGAAGAAAGAUAUAUACCAAUAAAAAAAAAUUAAAAAAUAUAAUAAAAGAGGGAGUGAAUAGAAGCUAAGGUAUGUGACAACUUUGUUUUAUUUGAAAUUUUUGUAAUAUACUACGUAAUAGUCUUCAUGUAUAAUUUAAAAUUUCCUGAUAAUCCUCUAUCUUAUUUUGAUGUAUCUAUUUGUUAUUUCACACUUGUUCAUGUACGAGUAUUAAUUAUCAAU